AUAAUAUCAACUAUUUACAUACAUAAUAAAUGAAUGUUUUUAAAUAAUCAUACACACAUAUAUGUGAAAUUCUAAAACAUAGCAAUUUAUCGGACGGACUCACUCAAAUGUAAUCAGCGAACUCGGAUAAAAGUUCCCCCAUUUGUGCUAUACAUUGUCACAUAGCUCACACAACCGCGAACAAUCAGUUCGCUUGUUCUAUGUUCGAGGUACUGAGAAAGAGGGACAGUUAGAUAGAGAAAUAGUCACCGAGAGAGAGAGAGCUCUAGUAGUAGCAGUGCACACUUCCCUUAUUACAAGUUCGAUGGUGAACUUCCAUUCUAGGUUCAAUUACAAUCGUCGAACCUAACUGGGAGAACCUUUUAUUAAAGACCAAACAUUGUUUGCCAGUCUAUUGUUUUAUCCCUCUGAUUAAUCAUCAAAGAUAUACUUCAAUUCAACUCUUCUCUACUCUACUUCCAUUAACUUUGAAACCCUCGAAAUGAAGUUUGUCGUGGCCUGGAUCCUUAUUCUUGUCUCGUCUUAUUCUUAUUCUUAUUAUUCUGCUGAUGCAUCGUCUCUGGGUACUCAUCAAACUAGCUUUUUCCGGACAUUUGAAUGUAUCAAUGACCAGUGCCAGCGUACGAGCAAACCAAUCUCGAUCAUUGACCCAGCGCAGCUAAAGCUCAAAGGUCACCACACGACGUUAGCAGCUUGUCGUCUAGUCUGUGGUUCACUUGGAGGUCUUUGGCCGAUUCCAACGGGACCUAUCACCAUCGGAAAAAAUUAUCUACCAACUCACCCCAAUGAAGUCCGUUUUGGUCUGCAAGAAGUUCCACGAUCGACCAGAUCAUUUUUAUCCGAAGCCUUGGAUAUAUUUGUCGGUAAUCUGCGAUGGAUGUGCGGGGAAAACUGCGAAAAGGCGAAUUCUUCAGUAAAAGUCCACACCAAGGUCAUUUCGGAGAGUCUUGAGCUCGACUGGAGCACUGACGAAGAAUAUACUCUUCAAAUAUUUACCAAAGAAAAUAAAAUAGACGUUAUCGUAACCGCGUCGACGGUUUUCGGAGCUCGUCAUGCACUAGAGACUCUGUCACAAUUAUUCGCACCGGUUCUAAAGUCAAACACUGCACGAGGGCUGGUGAUCGUUGACCAAGCGAAGAUACAAGACAAGCCGAUAUUCGUUCAUCGCGGACUUUUGAUCGAUACCGCCAGGAAUUAUCUUCCGGUUCCUGCUAUUCUGAGAACCAUCGACGGAUUAGCUGCCACCAAAAUGAAUGUUCUUCAUUGGCAUGCGACUGACACCCAGAGUUUUCCACUUCAUAUUAAAAACCGACCGCUCAUGUCUCAGUACGGAGCUUACUCACCUGAAAUGAUAUACAGUCCAGAAGACUUGAAUUAUAUUGUGACGUACGCGAAAUACCGAGGAGUGAGAAUAAUCCUAGAACUGGACUCACCGUCUCAUGCAGGUGCUGGAUGGGAAUGGGGCGAGUCUGCAGGAUUGGGUGCUCUCGCGGUCUGCAUCAACAAAGAACCCUGGAGAGACUUCUGUAUCCAACCACCGUGUGGUCAACUUAAUCCAGUUAAUCCCCAUACUCUAGAAGUCUUGAAGGACAUUUACAAAGACACUCUGGCUCUGUUGGGCACCAGCUCUGUUAUCCAUCUUGGUGGUGAUGAAGUAUUCAUUAACUGUUGGAAUUCAACGCCAGAAAUAACCACAGCGAUGCAAGAACGUGGAAUGGGAAGAACUGCUGAGGAUUUUUAUCAACUCUGGAGUGAAUUUCAUGCCGAGCAAGUUAAACUUAUUGAUGAAAUAAAAGAAGGCAGAAUUGAUAACGUAUUGCUGUGGAGCUCUGCGCUUACAUCACCGGAUGUUAUUGAAAAGUAUCUUGAUAAAACGAGAUUUAUUAUACAAACGUGGGUUGAGUCGGGUUCAGAGCUACCUAGUGAACUUUUGCAACGUGGCUACAAGCUCAUAAUGUCCACCAAAGAUGCUUGGUACUUGGACCAUGGGUUCUGGGGUAAAACUCGCUAUCACUCAUGGCGAGAUGCUUACAACAACAGAAUCCCAAGAAAUGUCGGAGUUCUCGGUGGUGAAGUCUGCAUGUGGGGUGAGUAUGUCAAUGAAGGAGGCUUGGAUUCGCGAAUCUGGCCCAGAACUGCAGCUGUGGGGGAGAGAUUGUGGAGCGAUUCUCACACACUAAGAACUGAAGACGUCGAACCACGUCUCCAAGCUUUCAGGGAAAGAUUACAAGUUCGUCAGAUUUAUGCCGAUGCCAUUUCUCCAACUUGGUGUGCGCAGCACGCGAAAAAAUGUUAUUAAUUUUUUACUUUUUACUAUCAAGCCAUUUACUAUUUUAAUUAUUGUUAUAAGUAUUAUUUGUUGUAAAAUAAUAGACAAACAAAACAAAACAAA